AUGAAGGUGCUCGUCGCGGACUCGGCGCCGAAGCGCAUCAAGCACAUCCAGUUCUCGGUCCUCUCGUCGCGCGAAGCGGUCGCCAUCGCCGAGUUCGAGGCGAAUCAGCGUGACCUGUACACUCCCGGCGACCGUCGUCCCGUCGAGCAUGGUGUCCUCGACAAGCGACUCGGCACGAGCGACAAGACUGGGAAGUGCGAUACCUGCGGGCUGGGACUGGCAGAUUGCGUCGGUCACUAUGCCUACAUCAAGCUCGUCCUGCCGGUCUUCCACAUCGGCUACUUCAAGCACAUCCUGAGCAUCUUGCAGUGCAUUUGCAAGACCUGCUCCCGCAUCCUCCUCGACUCGUCCCAGCACCGGAAAUACCUCGCCCUCUUCCGCCGACCCAACCUCGACUCCCUCACCAUCGCAGCCUACUCGAAACAGCUUGCCGCGCUCUGCCGAAAAUGCACGACGUGCCCGCAUUGCGGUGCCAUCAACGGAGUGGUGAAGAAGAUUGGCACGAUGCGGAUUGGGCACGAGAAAUGGCGCGGGCGGAACUUGAAGAAGGAUGCGGGAGGAAGGGACGGCGCGGAGGGCAAGGGCAACUACACGGCGUGGAGGGAGAGCUUCGCAGAGGCGGUCAAGGAGGACAAGAUGCUCGAGCCGCACAUCGACAAGGCCAUCGACGACCUCAACCCGCUCAAGGUCCUCACCCUCUUCCGCAAGAUCACCAGCUCCGACUGCGAACUGCUCGGUCUCGACCCAACCGCUGGACGACCAGAAGAGUUCCUCUGGCAGUACAUCUCGGUUCCGCCCGUGUGCAUCCGGCCGAGCGUUGCGCAAGAGGCGGCGACGAACGAGGACGACUUGACGGUCAAGCUGACGGAGAUCGUUUUCAUGAACGCGGUCAUCAAGACGGGUCUCGCGAAGGGCGUGACGACGCAGAAUCUCAUGGAACAAUGGGACUUCUUGCAGCUCGCCGUCGCGACCUACAUCAACUCGGAAAUGCCUGGCAUCCCGACCGCGAUGGGCCAAAAACCGAUGCGAGGUCUCUGCCAGCGCCUCAAGGGCAAGCAGGGUCGUUUCCGCGGCAACUUGUCCGGCAAGCGUGUCGAUUUCUCCGGGCGAACCGUCAUCUCGCCCGAUCCGAACCUCAUGAUCGACCAGGUCGCUGUUCCCGAGCGAGUCGCCAAGAUCCUCACCUACCCCGAGCGAGUCACGGCGCACAACAUCGAGCGGCUACGGCAAGCGGUCAGGAACGGCACGGACGUCCACCCGGGUGCCAACUUCAUCAAUCAGGGCGGCGGCGACGGGUCGAAGAAGUUCCUCAAGUACGGCGACCGCGAGUUCAUGGCGGACAAGCUGCGCGUUGGAGACGUCGUCGAGCGGCAUUUGCGAGACGACGACAUCGUCCUCUUCAACCGACAACCUUCCCUCCAUCGUCUUUCUAUCCUCUCCCAUCGCGUCAAGGUCCGGCCGUGGCGAACCUUCCGUCUCAACGAGUGUGUCUGCACGCCCUACAACGCCGACUUUGACGGCGACGAGAUGAACCUGCACGUCCCGCAAACGGAGGAGGCGCGAACCGAGGCGUUCCAACUGAUGAACAUCAAGCGCAACCUCGUGACGCCUCGCAACGGUGAACCGAUCAUCGCCGCGACGCAAGACUUCAUCACCGGCUGCUACCUCAUUACUCGCCGCGAUACCUUCUUCAACCGCCAGGAGUUCGUCCAGAUGUGCUCGUACCUUCAGGACGCCGAGCUCGAGAUUGAGCUGCCGCCCCCUACCAUCCUCAAGCCCGAGCGACUAUGGACCGGCAAGCAGGUUUUCAACGUCCUCAUGCGGCCGAACAAGGAUUCGCCGGUCAACGUCAACCUCGAGUGCAAGAACAAGACGUUCGCCAAGCCGUCGACGGAGUUCGACAUGUCCUACCCGAACUUCAUGUCGGUCAAUGACGGGUACCUCGUCGUCCAGAACUCGGAGAUCAUCUCCGGCGUGUUCGACAAGAGCACGGUCGGCGACGGCAACAAGAAGAGCGUCUUCGCCGUCAUCCAGCGCGACUUCGGCGAGGACCACGCCGCGAAGUGCAUGAACCGCAUGGCCAAGCUGUGCGCCCGCUGGCUUGCGAACAAGGGCUUCUCAAUUGGCAUCAGCGACGUCACGCCUGGCGAGCGGCUCAAGGCGGAGAAGGACGAUCUCGUGCGGAAAGCGUACAGACAGGCCGACGAGUACAUCGAGAAGGCGGCUCGCGGCAAGCUCGAGUGCCAGCCUGGUUCCAACUUGGAGCAAACGCUCGAGUCGCUCAUCUCCGGCGACCUGUCGCGCGUUCGUGACCAGGUCGGAGAGAUCUGUAUGACGGAGCUCAGCCGAAACAACGCUCCGCUCAUCAUGGCCACCUGCGGUUCGAAAGGUUCCAAGAUCAACGUCUCGCAGAUGGUCGCCUGUGUCGGUCAGCAGAUUAUCGCAGGUCAUCGUGUCCCGAACGGCUUCCAGGACCGCUCGCUGCCGCACUUCCCUAAGGGUGCCAUCGACCCGCUCGCCAAGGGUUUCGUCUCGAACUCGUUCUACUCGGGUCUUCGCGCGACCGAGUUCCUCUUCCACGCCAUCUCCGGUCGCGAAGGACUCGUCGACACCGCCGUCAAGACCGCCGAGACGGGUUACAUGGCUCGUCGUCUCAUGAAGGCGCUCGAGGAUUUGUCGAGUCGAUACGACCGGUCCGUCCGCAACGCGACUGGCGGCGUCGUCCAGUUCAUCUACGGAGACGACGGCCUCGACCCGGCCAACCUCGAAGGAGACGGCAAACCCGUCGUGUUCGAGCGGACCUGGGCGCACGCAAGGGCCCUCCGUCACGACGUCAGCGAGGAAGGCUUGCUGCCGUACGAGAUCAACCGAUUGGUUGCCGAGAAGACCGCCACGCCAUACUUCACCAACUCGUGCUCCGAGGAGUUCCUGCGCGAGCUGCGUGAGUUUGUCGACCAGCAGAUUGCACAGCAGGCCGCCAAGUACCGCGAGGAGUAUGGCAUGCCCCCUGCUCUCGCGCCUCUCAAGCGCAGUCAGAACAAGUUCGGAAAGGCAGACGCUGCGAUGCAGGCAAUCGUCAACAACAAGACGAAGGUGACCGUGACGCAAAUCGAGGAGUUCUUGCAACUCUGCUGGACCAAGUUCGUCAAGGCCAAGAUCGAGCCUGGUUCCGCCGUCGGUGCUAUCGGCGCGCAGUCCAUCGGUGAACCCGGUACCCAGAUGACGCUCAAGACGUUCCAUUUCGCCGGUGUCGCCUCAAUGAACGUCACGCUCGGUGUGCCGCGUAUCAAGGAGAUCAUCAACGCCGCCAAGACGAUCUCGACGCCCAUCAUCUCGGCCAAGCUCUUCCAGGACAAGCUCGAGCAGGCCGCCCGAAUCGUCAAGGGUCGCGUCGAGAAGACGUAUCUCGGCGACAUCGCCUCUGUCAUCGCCGGCGUGUACAGCCAGGGCCAGAUGUACGUCUCGGUGCACAUCGACAUGCGCGCCAUCAGGGCUCUUCAGCUCGAGGUCACGCUCGACAGCAUCGCCGCCUCUAUCUCGAGCGCACCUCGCCUCAAGAUCAAGUCGGCCGACAUCACCGUCAAGCGGCACACGGACGAGAUCCACAUUGUCGCCCACCACAAUGGCGAGGACAAGAUGCCCGCUUAUCGCCGCCUCAUGUGGCUUCGCCGCGUCCUUCCGAGCAUCUCGGUCAAGGGUGUCCCCGGCUUGCAACGCGCCGUCAUCCAGCAGAAUGAGAAGGGCAUCAAGGAGCUUCUCGUUGAAGGCGAGGGCUUGCGCGAGGUCAUGGUCACGGACGGUGUCAUCGGUACGCAAACCAAGUCGAACCACGUCAUGGAGGUCGAGAAGGUGCUCGGCAUCGAAGCUGCGCGCAAGACCAUCAUCGACCAGAUCCACUACACGAUGGACUCGCACGGUCUCGGCGUCGACCCUCGCCACCUCAUGCUCCUUGGAGACGUCAUGUGCUUCAAGGGCGAGGUACUCGGUAUCACCCGCUUCGGUGUCUCCAAGAUGAAGGACUCGGUUCUGAUGCUCGCCUCGUUCGAGAAGACGACCGACCACCUCUUCGAUGCUUCGUUCAACGCUCGCCGCGACCCGAUUCAGGGCGUCUCCGAGUGCAUCAUCCUCGGCUCUCCCGCCAACAACGUCGGUACCGCAAUGCCUGCCCUCGUCGCCGACAAGCCCAAGCUCCCGCCGCGCUACCAGACGCUCUUUGAACGCCCAGAGAAAGCGAAAAAGGGCAAGGCGCGGGCUUAG